AUGUGUGGCAACAGUCAGUACGUCCUGCUGCCCACCUUCGUGCCCGCUGCGCGCAAGGCCACCGCCGCGAUUAUUUUUCUUCACGGAUUGGGAGAUACUGGGCACAGGUGGACAGAAGUCUUUGCAGGUAUCAGAAGUUCUCACAUCAAACACAUCUGUGCGUGUGCGCCUAUUAAGCCUGGUACAUUAAAUAUGAAUAUGGCUAUGCCUUCUUGGUUUGAUAUCAUUGGACUUUCACCAGAUUCUCAGGAGGAUGAAUCUGGAAUUAAAUAGGCUGCAGAAAAUGUAAAAGCUUAGAUAGAUCAGGAAGUGAAGAAUGGCAUUCCCUCUAACAGAAUUAUUUGGGGAGGAUUUUCUCAGAGAGGAGCUUUAUCUUUACACACUGCUCUUACCACACAGCAGAAACUGGCUGGGGUCACUGUGCUCAGUUGCUGGCUUCCUCUUCAGGAUUCGUUUCCACAGGGUCCUAUUAAUAGUACGAGUAGAGAGAUUUCUAUUCUCCAGUGCCAGGGAGAUUGUGACCCUCUAGUUGCCCUAAUGUUUGGUUCUCUUACUGUUGAGAAACUAAAAGCAUUGGUAAAUCCGUCCAAUCUAACCUUAAAAAUCUAUGGAGCCAUGAUACACAGCUCAUGUCAGCAGGAAAUGAUGGAUGUCAAGCAAUUCAUUGAUAAAUUCCUACCUCCAAUUGAUUGA